GUCUUCCUGGACCUCUUCCACCAGGACGGGCUGGUGAUCUGCGCCCGCGGGCUCGGCAUCGACCGCUUGCUGCUGCGCUUCCUGCGCCUCUACUGCGAGCCUGCCAGCCUGGUGCUGGUGCUGAACACCGGCCCCGCCGAGGAGGAGUAUUUUAUUGACCAGCUGAGGUCAGAUGGAGUUGUUCAUCUUCCUCGGCGUGUUACCAAUGAAAUUACAAAUAACACUCGAUAUGAAUUUUACACGCAAGGAGGAGUCAUCUUUGCAACAAGUCGAAUCCUUGUAGUAGAUUUCCUUACUGAUAGAAUUCCUGCAAACCUCAUUACUGGCAUUUUGGUAUACAAAGCGCACAGAAUCAUUGAGUCCUGUCAGGAAGCGUUUAUCUUGCGACUUUAUCGCCAGAAGAACAAGCAAGGUUUCAUUAAAGCUUUUACAGAUAGAAAUCUGUUUGUCAGGAAACUCUAUCUGUGGCCAAGAUUUCAUAUAGCAGUGAACUCAUUUUUAGAGAAGCAUAAACCUGAAGUGGUGGAAAUACACGUGUCAAUGACUCCUGCUAUGCUUGCGAUCCAGACUUCAAUCCUGGACAUUCUGAACGCAUGUCUGAGAGAACUCAAACGUUACAACCCAGCUCUCGAAGCAGAAGAUCUAUCUUUAGAAAAUGCUAUUGGUAAACCUUUUGACAAGACAAUACGUCACUAUUUAGAUCCUCUCUGGCAUCAGCUCGGAGCCAAGACAAAAUCUUUGGUCCAGGAUUUGAAGAUACUACGUACUUUGCUACUGUACCUAACUCAGUAUGAUUGUGUCACUUUCCUUAAUCUUCUGGAGUCACUGAAAGCAAGUGAAAAAGCUUUUGGUGAGAAUUCAGGUUGGCUGUUUCUUGACUCCAGUACUUCAAUGUUUGUGAAUGCUCGAGCUAGAGUUUAUCGCAUUGCAGAUGAGAAGCUGAAUCAGAAAGGCAAAGUCUCUGAAAAAAGUGAUGUAAAGAAGGAAAAUGAACUGAAAAGGAAAUUGGUUCUAGAAAGUAACCCAAAAUGGGAAGCUUUGAGAGAAGUACUGAAAGAGAUUGAAAAUGAGAAUAAGAACAGUGAAGAUCUUGGUGGUCCAGGGCAAGUGCUUAUUUGUGCCAGUGAUGACCGAGCCUGUGCGCAGCUCAGGGAGUAUAUUAUUGCUGGAGCAGAAGCUUUUUUAACAAGACUGUACAACAAAACCUUUGGAAAGGAUGAGAAAGCUGGAGAAGCAUGGAUUAAGGAGGACAGAAAAGUCGUCAAGUCCAAAGGAAAUGCCAGACCAGACACAGAGUAUCAAGCCAAAAAAGCCAAACUUGCGGCUUCCUCAAAACAAAAUAAAACCAAGAAGCAGCAAGACCGGACUAUAAUCCAAAUGAUAGGGAAAACUGAAGAGGAAAAGAGAGAGGAGUUAGAGGUGGAAGAUAACAAAGAAUUAAGCAGUAGCCAAGAAAGCAAUAUUGAAGAGACCAAUCCUGAAGAUUUCCAUGUGAACUUGCCCUCAGAUUGUUACUACGGUAUUUUCAAGAACCCGCUCACAAUUAUUCAUCCGUUGCAGGGUUGCAGUGAUCCCUACGCGCUCACUCGGGUGCUGCAGGAAAUAGAACCAAGAUAUGUUGUAUUAUAUGACGCAGAACUAACUUUUGUUCGGCAGCUGGAAAUCUACAAGGCAAGCAGGCCUGGGAAGCCUUUGAGGGUUUAUUUCCUCAUAUAUGGGGGCUCAACCGAGGAACAGCGCUACCUCACAGCUCUGAGACAAGAGAAGGAGGCCUUCGAAAAACUCAUUCGAGAGAAGGCCAGCAUGGUUAUUCCUGAAGAGAGAGAAGGGAGAGAUGAAACAAACUUAGACCUAAUAAGAGAUGCUAAACCUGCCUCUGCUUCUACUGACACACGCAAAGCAGGUGGACAGGAACAGAAGAGUGUUCAGCAAACUAUAAUAGUGGAUAUGCGGGAAUUUCGUAGUGAGCUUCCAUCACUGAUUCAUCGUCGUGGUAUUGACAUUGAGCCUGUUACUUUGGAAGUUGGAGAUUACAUUUUAACUCCUGAUAUCUGUGUAGAGCGGAAAAGCAUCAGUGAUCUGAUCGGUUCCUUAAAUAACGGAAGACUGUAUGCACAAUGCAUUUCUAUGUCCCGUUACUAUAAGCGACCAAUUCUCCUGAUUGAAUUUGAUCCUAACAAAUCUUUCUCCUUGAUUCCACGAGGCUCUCUACAUCAGGAAAUUUCCAGUAAUGAUGUUACUUCUAAACUAACCCUUCUCACACUCCAUUUUCCAAAGUUACGUAUCCUGUGGUGUCCAUCUCCCCACGCUACUGCUGAACUGUUUGAAGAGUUAAAACAAAACCAUCCCCAACCCGAUGCAGAAACAGCAAUGGCUGUCACAGCAGAUUCUGAAGUUCUUCCCGAGUCAGACAAGUAUAACCCUGGUCCUCAGGACUUCCUAUUAAAAAUGCCAGGUAUUAAUGCAAAAAACUGCCGUGCCUUAAUGAACCACGUUAAAAGCAUUGCAGAGCUAGUGACACUGUCAAAGGAUGAACUCUCCAAAAUUUUGGGUAAUGCUGCCAAUGCCACGCAACUCUUUGACUUUAUCCACCUGACCUACGGAGAGGCAAUAUCAAAAGGAAAAAGCAAAAGAUGA